GACCCUUUCUUCCACGUUCCAUCGAGCAGAAAAAGUUAAUAGACGUACCUGCGGCAUGUCCACAGUAUACGCCGUAACUGAACUUCGCAGGGCGAAUGUUAGCGUUUUCAGUUGACAGGGUCCACCAAAAUUACUGCGAUGUUUUGGAUGUAGUGGUCGACUACCUGCAAAGUAUGGAACGGGUAUUGGGAGCCGGUGUAUGGGGAGGCGAAUCGGGGCGUCUCGCGACGGAGGCAAACCACGUGGACAUGUCUAUCUAUGCUGGAUGCCCUGUGUCCAUGUGACAUCUGGCGAGCCGGUACUUUCUCGGAGGAUCUGUAACGGCGGUUCGUAACCACAGUGGGUGUCGUACGUCACGUGGAAGAAGAAACAGACACACGACUACCUCGCGCUGCGCAGCCAGCACGCGUCGAAGAAGAAGAAAGAAGAAAGAAGAGCGAACCAAGCCGCGAGCGUCGCUUCGUCGCCGGUCCUAACGAGGAUGCGCUCGUUCGCCGCCGUCGUCCUCACGGUGGCCGCGUCGUGGUGGACGGCGUCCGGCGACGAACCGCGCGAGUGGUACCAGGGCGACAUCAGCCGGGUGCCCGACUACCACCUCUUCCCGCGGCAGCCUCUGAACGCCGCGGGCAAGACGCUGCUGUUCGCCUGCUCGGCCGCGACCCGCGACGCGGUGCGGUUCCGCUGGCGCGUCGAGCACCCGGCCAGCGUCAACGUGUCGCUGAGCUCGCGCUCGCGCUCCAUCUACCUGGAGCGCGGCCGGGGCUUCUACGUGCGCGACUCGGUGCUGCGCCUGGCCUCCGGGUCGCCGCACGACGGCGUCGUGCACUGCAAGAUCCUCGACCCGGAGACGGGCGCCGAGCAGACGCAGAUGCGCGCCAACUACUCGGUGCUGGCCUCGGUGGGCGUCGAGUCGUGCGCGCGCCACACCUUCUGCCACCGGGACCGGUCGUCGUGCGCCCUGGACGAGGCCCAGGGCCUGGUGUGCCGCUGCCUGGAGGCGUUCCCGCGGCGCGACCCGUUCCACGGCGUGUGCUACGCCGGCUCGCGGCUGGGCGACGCGUGCGUGUUCGACCACGAGUGCGCGGCCAACGACUCCUGGUGCCAGGACGAGGUGUGCGCCUGCCGGCCGUCCUUCAUGCGCGUCUCGUGGCACUGCCUGCCCACGGCGCGGCUGGGCGAGCCCUGCUCGCAGGCCCGCUGCCCCGGUCGCCACGCGCACUGCCAGCACGGCCUGUGCGCGUGCGACGCCCAGUACCACGACGUGGACGGCGUGUGCGUGCCCGACGCGACGCCCGACGACCUGCGCGUUCGCGUCGACGCCCGGUCGCCGGGCGCCCUGCGCGCGCUUCGCGUCGACUCGGCGGCCUGGCUCACGCUGGGCGGCUUCUGCGCCCUGCUCGCGCUGGUGGCGCUCUACCACGGCGUCACCGACCGGCGCCGCCGCAAGCUCGGGGCGUCGGCCGCGGUCCACGCGACCGAGUCUCGGGAAUCGUGAGCCCGGGGCGCGCUUCGCGCCCUGGUGCUCUCGCCCUGCAGUCGUCGUUCAGCUGUGCUUUGAUUGCGUAUUGUCUAUUUUUAUGUAAUAUAUACGCGCACAAACCGAUGAAUGUGCGGCUCCGAAGAA